UAUAGAUGUCGCAAAAGAAACCCCAGUUUCAGACACUCAAUCAAACAGUUGUCGCAUCCGAAAACAAAGCAUGGAACUUAGAAGAACACCUUAACUACUAGAAGAAAAACAAUGGCAUCCGUUGACGACAUAGCAGAGUCGCCUCGGCGACCAUACAAACGUAAGCUGACCGAGGCUCGACGAGAACAGAAUCGCCAGGCCCAGAAGUUAUGGCGUGAGAGACAGAAGCAGAAGCGCGACGAGGACAUGAAAGCCAAAGUCUUGGAAUCAUUAUUCCAACAACAAUCAACUCCCACUGUCAGCGACUCGUUGGAGAGUCGCCAUGAACAAGACCAUGGACUCUCACAACAACAUCAACAAUCACUUCAACCACCGUCGACGUCAAGUGUGACGACUCUUGACACUAUGCAGGAAGUGACUGAACAGGCGCCACAACCAGAAUCAUCAUUACCUUUACCACCUCUCCCAGACCCAGAUUUACCAUUGGAUGUUGCACUUUAUUAUUAUAUUCCCCCCGAACCAGGCCACGAGGACAUGCGACACUUGUGGCCUGUCCCUGAGGAGCUAUAUCUCAAGAUUUACAAAAAGCCACCGCCGAGUCCGAUUGGAAAACAGUGGAAUUCCGCACAGGCAUUGCCCAUAGGUUCUACCUUCUCAGGCUAUCCAAGACAUCAUUCCUUAGGUCCAAUCACUCCAGAAUCCUCAUGGGCAUCAGAGACGAGUGCAUAUCCAUCACCAUAUCUAAACCAUCUCCAACUUGUCGGUGAAUCCUGCUUUUCAGCCACCCUUUCCAUCGCUCAAAGCAUUGGAAUCGCCCGCCCCGCAUAUCUCAACGACCACCCAUCUCCCUUCACUGGCUCGAACAAUUCGACUCUAAAUCUCAACGCCUUACCCAAAGAUCUACGCCCCACUGGUUACCAAUUAAUGCUCCCACACCCCUGUUAUCUCGACUGUAUCCCCUUUCCUCAUUUCCGCAGCGUGGCAAUUUAUCUGUCGAGUGAGAAACGACUCGAUCAUCUCAGUCUGUUUCUGGACUUGAUGCACGAUGGACUUGUCUGCUGGGGUCGAUCACGGGCUAGUGCCAGGAAUGGAAGGACUAUGGGCGAUGGUGUGGCGUGGAGUCGCCGGAGUUGGGAAGCAAGACCUUGGUUUUGGCGGAAAUGGGGUUGGAUGGCCAAGGCGAGUUUGGAGGAUUUGCAGUGGUUGUCUUCGAGUCCGAGUCGGGUGGAUGAUGAAUUUGAUGAUCAGGAUGCUAUGUUGAGUGGGAGUCAGUGGUGGUGGAAUAUGAAUGGUGAACAGGAUGAUAAUGAUGACGACGACCGUGGUGAUAGUGGUGGUGGUAAUGGUGACAAUGUCAUUCCUCAUGAUCCUACUGGUGGCAGUGGUCAAGAAGAAUUCGGUGUCAUGUUGAGUCGCAAUUUCACUUGCAAUGUCGGCAUUCGAGAUAAAGCGGAAGUGGUCCCAUGGGAUUGAUAUUGCUUGUGGGAUUAUAUGUACAAUGAAACAGAGAUAUAAG